AUGCAUCGGAUCGCCCCGCGGCGGCGCAAGCUCCGGACGCUGUGGGCCUCGCUCGCCCUGCUCGCUCUGUCCGUGGCCGCCUGCAGCGCGCUCUUCACGGCGUGGACCUGGCGCCAAACGCGGGACCUGUCCCAGUCCUUUCACAUCCUCCAGGAGCGCCUCGAGCAGGUCAACACGCAGAGGAAGGCCAUUGUGCAACUCAUUCUGGAGAAGCGAGAACUGCUCGUCGGCCAGAGAGUGAAGCGAGACGGGGGGACGCUGCGCGGGAAGCACGGAAACGGCAAGAAAGCGGCGUCUCAUUUUGAGAUCACCAAAGUCUCCUCUCAGCAAGUGGGCCAAGGCGGCGUGAUCAAGGGCUGGGAGGAGCGCAUGCUCAACAUGAGCAAAGCGGUGAGCUACAACAAGGAAGAAGGCACCUUUGUCGUGGAGAAGCCGGGCGUCUACUUCCUCUUCUGUCAGGUUCUGUUCAACGAGCAGGAGUCGCAGUACGUCAAGCUGGACGUGGUGACGGGAGGCCAGAGGCCGCAGAAGCUGCAGUGCAUGGAGGGCUACGGGACCACCCCGUCGGCCGGGCCGCACCCGUCGCACUUCCUCAAGCCGUGCCAGGUGUCGGGCCUCCUGCGCCUGGACAAGGGCACCCAGCUGCACGCCGUCACCGGCCCCUCCUUCCGCCUGCACACGGUGGGCAACCCGUCGGCCUCGCCUCACGUCUUCAGCAUCUUCAAAGUCAACUGACGUCUCCCGAAAGGGGGGGAGCUGUCGUCCUUCCAGAUUUCCCCUAGCGCCGCCUCUUCCUGCGGACGCUCGAUUUUUGGUGGGGUGGGGCGGGUGGGGAAUGACGGAGGGGUGAAGCCGACGUCGGCGUGCGGACGCUGUUUGGCUGGCGACGCCAACUCUCCCCCCCGCGAGGGGGCGGAUGGGAAUCGGAAGCCGAGCUUCCGCCUUUGGGGACGAACAGUGCACAAAACUGGGAACAUUUUGCACAUCACGGAGAUGUGAAGUUUGUUUUUUCAACAUCAAAUUGGACUGUUUUGGACUUUUUUUGGGGGGGGCGGGGGGACAGUCACUUCUCUUGGUUCUUUUUGUUGCUAUUUUUGCCUGUCGUUCAAAAAGAAAGAUCACAGACAUUUUGAAAAGCGCUUGUGGGCCACGAGAACGCGAAAGGCUGCGUUCCAAAACAUGAAGCAGAUGCAGUUUGGGGUGAUUUUCUUCAAUGCUCUCUCAAUAGGGUUGAGGUCAAGGGAUGCGAGUGGAGUUUUCUUCUCAUUAUUUUUUUUCUCAUCAGGAGUGUCCAACUUAAAAUGAAAUCCCUCCAUGCAUUACAUUUAUGGAGCACAAAGAGCUGGGACUGAAAACAAAUGGGAGCCUUUUGAGAAUUAAAUUGAAAAUCGUAACCUGACGAGGGUUAUGUGAAAUUAUGCAAAGAAAAAGGUCACCCAUUCUUUUGUGAAAAUAAAGGCAGAUUUUGAUGAGGGGGAGGGGAGGGGGAGCCAGUCUGACAAGAAAGAUGUCGAUUUUUUUUUUCAAGAAAUAAAGUCGCAAUUCUGUGAUGAAAAUGUUUUUUUUUUCUUUGAACAAAAAUCUCAUGCGAGCCGCACAAUUUUCACAGUCAGACAAUUCCUCCUGAAAAAAAAUUGACAUUUUUUUGUAGGUCACAACUAACGAAAAUUAUAAAAAAAAUUUAAAGCAAAAAAGACAAUCUUAUAAGAAUAAAGUGUGUUUUUUUUCUUAAAAAAAAAAAAAAAAAAGACAAUUCUCACCAUCCAUUUAACUUCAAUCUAUUUGCAGAAUAAUUUGGAACACAGUGAAAUGCCCCCCUCCCCCCCGCAAAAAAAAGCAACAUUCCAAUCAUGUUUUUCCACAGCGAGUACGCUAAUGGAGAAUAAGCGAAAGCCAAGCGGUCUUGCGCAAGGCAAACAAGUGUGUUAUUUCCAGCAGUGGUUUGUCUUUGUUUAUAAGUCGUUUUUGUGGGCUCGCCGCAUUGCUUUGCCCUGGGCACUCGGCCUUCGUGCCGGCUCAAACCUUGCAGAGAGGAACAUGUCACCAUUUUUAUCCUCUUUUCAUUUCCUCGCCGUCCUCCUCGGGACAUUUGAAAGCAAGCCCCCGGCGCAGCGCCUCAUAUUUCCCCCCCGUCAGCACACACGCUCGCACCAAAGCCGCCAUCUCCAUUUUCACUUCCUCAAUGUGAAGCUGCAACGUCUACAUUGCCGCGCACACGCGUGCACUUCCUUGCGCUUAUUCCUAUUUUGAUCAAGGUCAUAGGUGACUUUGUGCUUUGUGAGGCAGCGUACGCAAAAGCCUGGAUGCUUUGCAUUUUGGGGAUGGCAAAAAAAAAAAAAAAGCAGUAAGAAUUGGUCAUUUUU